AUGGCCGACGAUUUCUUAGUUAACUUCCUUAUGGGUGGUGUUUCCGCCGCUGUUGCCAAAACCGCUGCUGCCCCAAUCGAAAGAGUCAAGCUUUUGAUUCAAAACCAAGACGAAAUGCUUAAGCAAGGUCGUUUGUCCCACAAGUACGCUGGUAUCGUUGACUGUUUCAAGAGAACCGCCGCUGGUGAAGGUAUUGCUUCUUUCUGGAGAGGUAACACCGCUAACGUUAUCAGAUACUUCCCAACCCAAGCUUUGAACUUUGCCUUCAAGGACAAGAUCAAGGCUCUCUUCAACUUCAAGAGAUCUGAAGGUUACUGGACCUGGUUCGCCGGUAACUUGGCUUCUGGUGGUGCCGCUGGUGGUUUGUCUUUGUUCUUCGUCUACUCUUUGGAUUUCGCCAGAACUAGAUUGGCUAACGAUGCUAAGUCCGUCAAGAGCGGUGGUGGUGACCGUCAAUUCAACGGUUUGGUUGAUGUUUACAGAAAGACUAUUGCUUCCGAUGGUAUCGCCGGUUUGUACAGAGGUUUCGGUCCAUCUGUUGUCGGUAUUGUUGUCUACAGAGGUUUGUACUUUGGUUUGUACGAUUCUCUUAAGCCUGUUGUUCUUACUGGUCAAUUGGAAGGUAACUUCUUGGCUUCUUUCUUGUUGGGUUGGAUUGUUACCACUGGUGCUUCCACCGCUUCUUACCCAUUGGAUACCGUCAGAAGAAGAAUGAUGAUGACCUCUGGUACUGGUGUCAAGUACAACGGUUCCAUGGAUGCUUUCUCCCAAAUUGUUGCCAAGGAAGGUGUCAAGUCCUUGUUCAAGGGUUGUGGUGCUAACAUCUUGAGAGGUGUUGCCGGUGCCGGUGUUAUCUCCAUGUACGAUCAAUUGCAAAUGAUCUUGUUCGGUAAGAAAUUCAAAUAA